CUUGAGUCUCGCGGAGGAACUGAGAGAAUACUCCUGCUGCGGGACGCACCACUCCCGGACUCCCGUUUUCUGGAGUAAGUGAUUUUUCCAUGAUUUUUUGAGGGAUGUUUAAAUGAAAACGCGUCCAGGUUACUGUUUCUAAACAUUCGGUCUAUUUUUCUUCUGCGGAGCAGGAGAAGACUCAACCAUGAUAUCAAAGGUGAUCUUUCUGGGCCUCCUGUAUGGAGUGGUCACACAAGGGCAGCCAUACAGUGGGCCACUGGUUAAGCCUACCCCAGAAUGCAACAAAAAGAUUGAGUGUCCCAUCCAACUGUAUUUUGUCAUCGACACGUCGGAGACCAUAGCCUUGCAGGAGUCCCCGCCUGGCAGCUUGGUGGAGAGCAUCAAGCAGUUCACUGAGAUGUUUGCCAGGAAGCUGGACGAUAUAGAAUACAAGGACAUGGUGCAGAUCACAUGGUCCCUGGGUGGUCUACACUUCUCCCAGAGGAGGGAGAUCUUCAGUCAAAUAUCCGGCAGGGACAACUUCAUCGAUGGCCUGCAAAGAAUUGUUUACCUGGGCAGAGGCACUUACAUCGACUGUGCCCUCACCAACAUGACCCUGGAGAUGUCUCGCGCCACCCCCACGACGAAAGUAAUCCAGUUCGCCGUGGUGAUCACCGACGGUCAUGUGACGGGCAACCCCUGUGGCGGGAUCAAGGUGGCGGGGGAGCGCGCACGGGACGAUGGGAUCAAGAUAUUCGCCGUGGGGGCGACCACAAACUUGGACGAGACGGGGAUGAAGGAGAUUGCCAGCUCUCCGGCCGACCUCUAUCGCAACGACUUCUUGGCAGUCGACCUCAGCUUAUCGCCCCCCAAAAUUAUGACAUCGACUAUCGACCGCAUCAUCAAAACCAUGACGCAUCAGGCUUUCCAGGAGUGUUACGCACUGAAGUGUUUUGAAUCAGAUGGACCCCCCGGUCCGAAAGGCCACAGAGGAAACAAGGGAGCGAAAGGUGACAGUGGAUUUCCUGGGCCAAAAGGUGAAAGAGGUCGACAGGGUGAUCCUGGUAUCGAAGGUCCUAUUGGCCAUCCUGGUCCAAAGGGUGGACCUGGACACAAAGGAGAAAAGGGUGAAUCUGGAUCUGCAGGCAAGAAGGGUGUGGCCGGUCUCCCCGGACGCAAUGGGACUGACGGUCAAAAGGGGAAGAUAGGUCGCAUUGGCGCUCCUGGCUGCAAAGGGGACCCAGGCGACAAGGGACCUGACGGAUAUCCGGGAGAUGUUGGUGACAGUGGAUUGCCUGGAACCGAAGGAGAAAAGGGAGAUCCUGGUCGCCCUGGAAGAUCAGGCCCCACCGGCCCGGAUGGAGAACCUGGACCUUCGGGUGACAAUGGAAGUCCUGGAUCACCCGGAAUUCCUGGGGCAAAAGGAACUGCAGGGACAGCUGGGAGACCUGGACCAAAAGGCGAACCUGGAAGAAGAGGUGACUUUGGACCAAAGGGAAAAGUUGGAAACAACGGACCAAAAGGAGAUAAGGGUGAAUUUGGGCCCGAGGGACCGAGGGGACUAGCUGGUGAAGUUGGAGGCAAAGGAGCCAAGGGAGACAUUGGGCUGCCAGGGCCACGGGGUCCCCCAGGAAGCCAAGGAGAGGCAGGGAGAAAUGGUACUACCGGAGAUCCCGGUGAUGCAGGACCAAGGGGAGAUCCUGGCCCCUUAGGGCCCAAGGGCGACCCAGGAAGACCUGGAUUCAGCUAUCCUGGGCCAAGGGGACCCACGGGUGACCGGGGUGACAAAGGAGGCCCUGGACCGCGAGGGAGCAGAGGCGACUGUGGGCAGAAGGGAGAACCUGGUGUUAAGGCUGAACCAGGUGAACCGGGAGAGCCAGGACCUAAUGGUGAGCCUGGUCAAAGAGGUCCCAGAGGAGAAGGUGGAAAAGAUGGUGGUCCUGGUCCUGAGGGUGACCCCGGCCUUACUGACUGUGAUGUCAUGAACUACAUCAGAGAAACCUGUGGUUGCUGUGACUGCGAGAAGCGCUGUGGAGCUCUGGACAUCGUCUUUGUCAUCGACAGCUCAGAGAGCGUGGGGCUGACUAACUUCACUCUGGAGAAGAACUUUGUCAUCAACACCAUUAACAGAAUGGGCUCCAUUGCAAAUGACCCCAGUUCUGAAACAGGAACCCGUGUGGGCGUGGUACAGUACAGUCACAGCGGAACCUUCCAAGCCAUUAGACUCAACGACUCGAAGAUAGACUCCCUGUCAGCCUUCAAAGACGCAGUCAAGCGGCUGGAGUGGAUCGCGGGGGGGACCUGGACACCCUCAGCCCUCAAGUUCGCCUACGACAACCUCAUCCGCGACAGCCGCCGCUCGAAGGCCCAAGUGACCGUGGUGGUCAUCACGGACGGCCGCUUCGACCCGCGCGACGACGACUCCCUGCUCACGUACCUCUGCAACGACGGCAGCGUCGACGUCAACGCCAUCGGCAUCGGCGACAUGUUCGACCAGCCCGAGGAGAACGAGAGCCUGAAGUCCAUCGCCUGCCAGAAGAGCAACCGCAUCAUGGGCAUGAGGCGCUUCGCCGACCUGGUGGCGGAGGAGUUCAUCGACAGGAUCGAGGACGUCCUCUGCCCCGAUCCCAUAACCGUUUGUCCUGAGCUCCCCUGCACAACAGAUGUGGCACCCCCUUGGAGUGGGUACCCCUUGUUUGAAACCCUGGCGGAGGAGGGCAUCCACACCCCUGUCCCCAGCUCCCUGCUGGGUGUCACACACAUGCUCAGUCUCCUGAAGGAUGAGCAACUGCCCGAUAUCUACGGCAAGGCCCUGGCCAGCCUGGCUUACACAGCCCAACGAGCCAAGUUUGCCAGUGGGGAUGACAGGCAGCAGUGGACUCAGCUGUUUGUUGACUCUUUCAAAGUGGUGUAUGGCAAUUUAGUGGAGGACCCCAACAGAGCUCUGGGGUUGUGCUAAAUUAGCAGAGCACAGAACAAACAGCUGUUGUCUCCAUCCAAUGUCAGUGGCCCCCAGCAAACAGACGUCAUAUAUAGGAUGGUUAUUGUCACAGGUCAAAUGUCCAUAAUUGUCAUACCAGUCAGAGACUGACGACAAACAUUACGUCUGCUCAUAAUGGGGUAUCACUAGUUAACACCCAAACGGUUUUGGUCCUUUUACAGGAAGCUCCAUAACUUCUAGGACAAAGACAUACUUUUUGUACUCCACAAUUUUAGAUUUGUAAUCUAACAAUUCACAUGAUGUUAAAGUGCAGAAUCUCAGCUUUUAUCAAAGGGCAUGUUUAUACAUUUUGAUUUCACCAUGUAGAAAUUAUACUUUUUAUAUAUAGCCUCCCAUUUCAGGGCAUCAUAAUGUUUGGAACAAAUCGCUUCACAAGUGUUUUUGAGUAGUCAGGUUUGUUCAACUGCUUCUUUAGUGCAGGUAAGAGCUUUCAAUAUCUAGUCUUGAAUCUAGGCUUUUGAUUGCCUUUUGUUGUCUGUUAGUGGGGUUUAUCAACAUGAGGACCAGAGUUAUGACAAUGAAAGUCAAGGAUGCCAUUAUGAUGCUGUGAAAUAAUAAAAACAACUGUCAGAGACAUAAGCCAAGCCUUAGGCUUAACAUUUGUUAGGAACAUCGUGAAGAAGAAAGUGAGCACUGGUGAGCACCGUAAUCGCAAAGGGCCUGACAGGCCAAGGAAGGCCUCUACAGUUGAUGGCCAAAGAAUUCUCACCAUAAUAAAGAAAAACCCCUAAACACCUGUCUGACUGAUCAGAAGCACUCUUCAAGAGGCAGGCAUGGUUUUGUCAGUGACUACUAGCCGCAGAUGACUUCACAACUAUAAAUACAGAGGCAACACUACAAGAUGAAAAUCACUAGUUAGCCACAAAAACAAGAGGACCAGGUUACAGUUUGCAAAGAUGUACCUAAAAGAGCCUCCAGAGUUCUGGAAAAAUGCCUUGUGGACAGAUGAAACCAAGAGUGGCAAGAGCCAAGUGUGGAGGCUAAAAGGAACUGCACAAGACUCAAAGCAGCCCCCUUAUCUGUGAACUGUGGUGGCGGGGGAGUUAUGGUUUGGGAAUGUUUGACUGCCGCAUGUACUGGCUUGUCUACAUUGAUGAUAACUGCUGAUGGCAGAAUUAGUUCUGAACUGUAAAGAAGCAUCUGCUCACGUUCAAGCAAAUCCUUCGAAACUCUUUGGAUGGCGCUUCAUCCUACUGCAAGGCAAUGAUAACGAACAUACUGCUAAAGAAACAAAUGAGUUUUUCCAAAACCAAGAACUUGACUAGCCAAGUCAUUCACCCAAUCUGAAUCAGUCCCCAAAACAUGCAGGAGCUGAAGAUGGCUGCAGUGCAAGCCUGGCAAAGCAUUACCAGAUAAGAUAAUCAGCACCAGGUGAUGUUUAUGGGUCACAGACCUCGAGCAGUUAUUGCAUUCAAUGGAUAUGCAACAAAGUACUAAACAUGAUUACUUUCAUUUACAUAUCCUUAAUAUGGAUAUAUUCCAAACAUUAUAGUACCCUAAAAUGGGGGGCGAUGUAUAAAAAGUGCUGUAAUUUCUACAUGGUGAAACCAAAAGUAUAAAAAUACCCUUAAAUAAGCUAAGAACGUGCACUUUAACCACACAUGAUUUGCUUGAUCACAAAUAUAAUAUUGUGGAGUACAGAACAAAAUCAAGAAAACAAUUGUACAAAAUUUUCCUGUACCUGAGAACUCCAUACUUGCAGUAACAUGUGCAGUCUUAUCAUGUGACAUAUGAAAUGAAUGUUGAGUCAUUCAUCCUUUGGCCUCAACUGUAAAUAAACAUCUCAAGGAUCUAAAUAACAUAUGGCUGUUUUCGUAAUACAUCAGCGUAAUGAUUGUCCGAAGCCAUAAUUUAUAGUUUUGCAAUUUGCACAACCUUGUAUAUUUCAGAGGCUGCUAGUUUCUGAUUCUUUGAACAGUGUUAUACUGGCAAUGAUUACUGGUUAAGGAUAUUGCUAAUGUUAAUGAACAAUAAAAGCAUACAUUAUGUCUAUUAUUUGUGGCAGUUUGCUAUGUCUAUGUGUUGAAAAAUAAAUGCCAAUGACUGCAUCACUGUAAGUUAUGCAUCUGGUCAAAUUAUCAGUAUUAUGAUGUUUACAUUGACAUUAAAUCUUAGAGAAAUCCCUUAUUUUAAUUUCCAUGUUUGUGAAACAUAUUUUAUUGAAAACAUGUUGCAACAUUGAAAGGAGCUGGCAUUUAUUAUCAAAGGUGCAUUUACUGUGUGGUCUAUAAUGUCCAUAGCAGUCAACAAAUAUUUAGCCCAAGCAGAUGUGUAAUUGUACAUUUCUAACCACAUUUGUAUAAUAACCUUCUGUAUGAAAUAAAUGUUAGCAUAAACCAA